CUAAAAUCAAAGGUACGGCGAUAAUUUAACGAUAACUUAGUGCUGGCGCGAGAUAUUGAAGGAACAAAGAAAGGGGAGCGCCAAUCUGUUUCUUAUCUGGAAAUUUUAAGCCAUAAAAAAAAGAGAACCAAACCUUCAAAAAAACCUCGUCGUUGCUUCAUCUGCCAAUCCGCCAUGGCUGCUGCUUUCUCUGCAACAUUACCAAUAACCCACGGUGCAUUUCUCUCUCCGUUCCAGCCAAUUCCCCAAACGAGGACGACUCGUCUCCUCCCAUUAUCGCGGCAGCCGAUUAUCAGAGCUGUAAACUCAGCUGAACCAGCGAAAGAGAAAGCUGCAACCCAGGCAAAAGCCGAGGAUCAGCCCUCUCCUGCCAAAACUCUCACGCCGAAGAAGAAGCCAGUUUACUCAAUGAAGAAAGGGCAGAUUGUGAGAGUGGAUAAAGAGAAGUACCUCAGUAGCAUCAAUUAUUUAUCAGUAGGCCAUCCUCCAUACUACAAGGGCUUGGACUACAUCUAUGAAGAUCGCGGCGAGGUGCUGGAUUUAAGGAUCUUCGAGACAGGAGAGUAUGCACUUGUUGCAUGGGUUGGAGUUCCAACUGCACCAGCUUGGCUCCCAACUGAUAUGCUCAUCCAGUCUGAGAAACUCGAUUAUGAAAGACUGUAAAUAUGCUUCUCUUACCAUAAAGAUAUGCCAUCAAGAAUCAAAGGAGAAGGUCUUCUGAAGACCUUGUGUAAUAAUGUAUAGUUACUUUUUGGCUUCUGACUUUGUAAAAGUAUAUGAUUCAGCACAUUCACAAAGGUAAGUGUCAAAUCAUUUUUCCUCUAAUCAUUAUAUCUUGCCGUAUCAAAGAAAAGGUCAAAGAAGCGGCUUGGCGGCGGAAGUGAGUUAGAGUUUUUUUUCUUCUUACAAUGGCUGUGAGUUAGAGUUAAGGCCCAAAUUUGAGGCCCGGGCCCACACUACAAUCGGUGAGCAGAGUAAAGGAUGGGGCAAGGGGGCACUCGGCCUGAGUUGUCCCCCUUGGAUGUCAAAGAUGUAAGUGGGUUGGGCUGGCUGGGCCCAAUCAGGCGAGUAGGAAAUUUUAUCUCCGAGGCGAAAAUCUAGAUGGACCAGAGUGGCUGGACAGUAGUGAUGGCAAUGGGUCGGGGGCGGGUACCUCAAUAUUCAUGCCCCGCCUCACAUUAGUACGAGUCGGGUAAUACCCGCCCCAUCGCGGGUCAGGUCGGGUAUUACCCGGUAGGGUAGGUUCAAAUUGCCAUCCCUACUGGACAGUGGAGAGAAAGAGGAGGGUCGAAGUCGAACCGAACUGAAAUAGACCAAAUCGACCCUAGUUACCAAAAUCAGCCUGUGUGAAGGUUGCAAAAUCGCGCAAACAAAAGGUGGUCAAAGCUCAAACAAACAGGUAUACGGUAGCUGGAUUCCAACAUGAAUUAGAACGGUCAGCCAACCUGCUUAAUGAAAUCCCGAAAUGUACUACUACGAUUGGUAACCGUUUCCAACCAAAGUUAGUUGUUCCGAUUAAAAAUGUUUAAAUCAAAUUAUUGAGAGUCACGUAUUACGAUAUUGUUAUUCUUUUACGACUAAGUUCAAUCUAGUAUCAUAUCUUACCCAAAAAAAAAAAUCCCAAAUUUUCAUAAAUAAAAUUUUAUCAAAGAAAAGAGACGAGGAUGGGGAGCUAUCAAUCUGAUUGUUCCAAAACAACGCCUCACAAAACGUAUCUACCUGCAUCUGCAUGUGGCCCCUUUUGCUUUUGUCUUUUUUUUCUGUACCACAAAAGUAAAAAAAAAAACAAAUAUAUAUAUAUAAAGUUACCUUUCUGUACGUCUAGCCCUACCUACUCUCAGCUACCUUCCAAACGAGACGUAGCCUACUAAUAAUAGCUACCAAGUAGACUGACUACUUCUGCUGCUGGGCUUUCAAUAAUGGGCUUGGACGGGCAGGCAGGCAGGCCUGCAUUUCCCCCCAUAAUUUUUUUAUAAAAAAAAGAAAAUUAUAAAGGAAAAAGUUAGCAUGGGAAGGAAAAGGAAAUAUGCAUGGUACUGUAGCAACUAGCUAUAUAGCUAGGCUUUCACCAUUACCAAGCCAGCCACACACACACAGAGAAAGGUGUGUGGGGGGACUUCUUUGUAGUACUGUUUCAUUCAUAUCAAUCCGGCUAUGGUUUCAAAACAGGUUGUUCUGUUGUUAGCAUCAUAGUCGGGAAAAGACGCGGAAAAAAAGAAGAGGAAAAACCGAAGAUACAUGAAAGUCUUUCUAUAUUUUAUUCGACGAUCGAUAUCAACAAGUCCGUCUUCUCGGCUGAAGUAAACCUGGAGAUUUAUAUGUAAAACACUAGAUGAGCUAUAGCUAUAUGGCAAAACUUUUGCUAAAAGAAGCCUAGCUAGAAACCGAAUCAUGUGAAAAUGUUGUUAAACUAGAGAAUGAUCAUAAAUAUGUAUAUAUAAAAGUAGUGGACCACUUUCGAGAUGAAUAUUGGUACCACCUCUCGAGAUUGCGAUGUGUGGUGUUAAAUGGUCACACCCAUAUAUAUAUUGAAUCGCAAGGCAAUUCCUAUCCGCCAAAACUACACCCACAACCUACAAGCCUAGCUAGCUAGGCUACAACAACAACCCAACCCACUCAUUCCGAUUCCAUGUGAUGUGAUGCUACUUGGAACAACCGAUCAUCCCAUAUGACUAACCUUUCUAUUUCCCCAGACAUAGAUAGCAAAAUCGUACUGGGAGUUGUAUUGAAUAAGGCGGUGACCAGAUAUUUCGUGAUUAUACCAUGAGUUUACUGUUAUAUACUGAUAAAAUUAUUUAUUGAUGGGGGAGUUGAUAGCAAGUUUAGCAUUGUUCGUUUGAACUUGAAGUCAAUUUAAUGAUCAGAGUGGAGGGGAGUCAUCAACACCGUCACUGGAGUUUGUUGUCCUCGUCGUAGUCGUUUGAUUCGUCGUUGUCUCUAACAGAUAAUUUAGGUCGGAGCUAGCAUUACCGGUAGAGAUUCGAUUGCUUCGUUCUAAUGUGCUUUCACGUUGUUCAGUUUCGAUUUUAUGAUCUUUCACAGUAGGUGAUUAAGCAAGUUGAAGUAGUGAUUCCGAUUCUUUAGUUAUGAUUUUGACUUUUUUGUAGCGAUUUUCAAGAUUCAAGAAGGCAGACGUUGGGGGCUUGCCUAAAUGUCGUCCAAGCACUGAAAACAAAAAUAACAAUUUGUUCUACAUAGAUAAAUGAAAUAGCAAUUGGUUCAAAUUACUAGUAACUCACUUAAUAUUUAACGAUAAGAAAAAUUCACUUAAUAUUUAACGAUGAUAUAAACGACUGAUAAGUAAUUAACUAUAUAUAUAUAUAUAGUUAUAUAGAGGUGACUACUUCGGUGCACUCACAAAAAUGAGUUGCGUUCAAUGUACCUAACUCAAAAACUAGUCUUAAGGUGUCGGAUUUUGAAUUUUAAAUUAUAGAAUUAGUUUAAUAUGAUGAUAUAACAUAUGAUAACAACUAAUUAACGGAUUACCCUAAGCCCUAGAUCUCCAAUUUUGAAUUCUAUCACUAAACCCCAAAUUGUAAACCCAAACCAUAAAUCUCUAAACUCUAAAUCCUUCAAAUUAAAGUAAAUCUUGAAU